AUGGCCACAGCACCAAGGAAUCAAGCGACCAAGUCCCUCCUAGAAGAAGACGAGCAUCUAGCGUCGAAGAGUGAUAACGGGAUAUCAUCAGCUCGCGAUGUUGAAGAGGUCUCGCACAAACUUAAAUUUCCGCAUGUGACCAUCGCAGUCAUCGGUCAGGAAAAGGCAGGCAAAUCUACCUUUAUCCAGAGUGCCCUAGAUUUGAAGACUCCGUUGUCCUCACGAUCAACAACCAAGAAAAUGUCCUUGGAUGGCACCGUAUACAUCGUUCGCUUGGUCGAGAUAUGCAGCAAGGAUAUAAUGAUUGGAACUCGUGGAGAGCUGCAGUGGCCUCGUUUAGGCUCCGAUUCUAGUUCCCACACAAUUGACGGGGCGCUGGUCCUUCACGAUGUCACUCAGCCUGCAGCGUUCUCUGGAUUGACGGGCUUACUCGACUCAUUUACCAAGUCAUCCUUGCCGUUUGUUCUGAUCGCAAGCAAAUGCGAUGUCCACAGCCAAAAUGGACCUCCCCAGCCUACUCUUGGUAACUACGAAAUUCAUCGGCCAUCUCCCGAGUCUCCGAAAUCACAGAAGAUGUGCAUGGCACUGGUUUUGCGAUCCGUCAUCAGCCAAAAAUGCGAUUCUAUCGACCUGCUGAACGACCAGCUUGAUCAGGGCACUUUUAGCGAUCUUCACAAUAGACCUCGCUCACAAGACCGCCAUCAUACUCGUGCCAACUCCGAAGUACCAAAAGCCGCUUUCAACGGAGCUGCGGGCGGCUCAUCCUCCACGGGCACGUUCGAAUCAGGAGUCGAUGGGUACGGUGACGACCGUUAUCCCACCGACCAGAACAACUCUCCAAAUCUGGCUUCCAAUCCGCACAAUUUGAGAUAUGCCCGGAGCAACUCGUUUCCGGUGCGACCGCAUACACCUCCCUCCGGAGCUGCGUUGAAGUCCCGUAGGCCGUCAGCUUCCGGUGAAUCCUCCCCGGCCAAAAAUCGCAAUCGACAGCAACGGUUGCAUUCCGCCUGGCGGAAUAGUGGCGGUUCGGACGCGUUCAACAGCUUUUUGGAUAUGGAAGAUGAUGCGGAGGGCGCACGGAGCGCGCCGUCGAGUCCUGGUGGCAGCAGCAAAGCCAAGUCAACAAGCGACGGAACUUUCAGUGACACAGGUUAUACGUUUGAUGAGCUGGUUGAUCGACUUAUUGCACAGCCAAUGUCCAAGCAAGAUUCGAAGUUCUCGUCGAUCUUCUUGUGCCUGUACCGCAAGUUCGCAGCGCCUGCCAGUCUGCUCAAUGCGCUGAUCAAUCGCUUUGAACGCAACGAGAAAAACAUUAGCGACCAACUGACACGCAUUGCCGAUCAACUGAGAUUGCUUAACGUGAUGGCACAAUGGGUGUCGGAGUACCCCGGCGACGUGGAUUAUCCGAAGACUCGAAAGCGAAUCAUGGAUUUUGUGUCGACGUUGGAGAAGAGUCACUUCUACAUGUUCGCUGCGAAAGAAAUCGGAUCAUAUCUGGAAAUGAACGUGGAAGACGAUGACGUCGGAUGGCCGUUCCGGGAUGGCGACGUGGAGGAGUUCGAUGAUCAAGAUAUCUUUUACGUCAACUCCGGCCGGAGCUCACCGUCCAUGUACCUAGGAGGACCUAUCUCUCAUGAGGAGCAGGCCGAGAAUGAGGAGCAGGAGGAAGAGGAGGAUCCUAUCUACAACAUGAGCGCUCUAGAUCUCAGCGAAGGAUCGACAGAACCGAAUACCAGACUUUCUGGGACGUCCUCAGUCAUGGACAAACCCGGCACGAUUUUGAGUCAGUCAUACCCUCUAUUGAGUCUCGAAGCGGCCCAAAGAGAGGCCCAGAAUCUAGAAUUGACUCCAUCCAUGUCGCUGACGAAAAUGCAAUGGCGCUUGUUUAUGGAGAUCCCCGAUGAGGAUUUCGCUCAUGAGUUGACCCGCAUUGACUGGAUCAUGUUCAAUUCAUUUCGGCCACGAGAUCUUGUACGGCAUGUCAGUAUCUCGGGCCCUGACAAGGACAAGAUUCAAAGCUUGAAGCAUGUCAACCGCAUGAUCAAGCAGUUCAAUCACAUCGCUUUCUUUGUUGCCAGCAUGAUCCUGUUUCGGGAUAAGCCGAAGCACCGAGCAAGUGCGAUGGAGAAGUUUAUGAACAUUGCACAGAAACUGCGUCGGUUGAACAACUACAAUUCACUUGGUGCUCUAAUUGCUGGCAUCAAUGGAACCCCGGUGCAUCGCCUUGCCCAAACCCGAGAGCUGGUCCCGGUGCAGACCCAAAAGGAAUUCAUGAGACUUGUCAUCCUGAUGAGUACACAGAAGAGCCACUUCGCAUAUCGCUUAGCCUGGGACAAUUCUUUCUCAGAACGCAUCCCCUUCCUCCCCCUUCAUCGCCGUGAUCUGGUGUCAGCCGAAGAAGGAAACAAGACUUUCAUCGGGGACAAUCGGUCGCGGAUCAAUUGGAAGAAAUUCGAGGUUAUGGGCGAAGUGAUUUUGGGCAUUCAGCGCAGCCAAAAGAUUCCUUACGCACAUAUGCACCAGUAUGAGGAUGUGCAGCGGUUGAUUCUGGAUAUCAAGCUCUCUGGCGAUGAAGAGGACUUGUAUGCUCGCAGUAUACAGGUUGAGCCGGGUACCGGCGCUGACACAGGACGAAAGAAAUUCAGCUGGCUACGGUCUUGA